AUGGCCUCGUUCAGAGAAUUGUCCAUGUCGCGUCCCCUCAAUCCCAGCCAGCGGCACGCGCACUCCAUCUCGCUAGGUGCCUCGAAUUCCAAUCACCGUGUAACUCGCCGCAAAAGUGUGACCACAACCGCCGCCCACGCCGCUGCCGCCGUGGCCGCUUCAAUGGAGGGCGGAGAAUCGACCUCGCUCCCUAUGGGUGCGCACCGCCGGAACCUGGGUGGCCGCAAGGGACCCGAAUCGGCCUCCGUCGGAAGUGCCUCGGGCUUCAGCUCAUACCUCUCUCGCAGCAUCAAUAGCCCCAGCCAGGAAUCACCGGUGGCUCGCAAGGGUUCUCCGGGUUCGGAUCACUCCGACGGCAAAGUCAAGAACCGGAACCGCCGUGCCAGCGAGGGUGCUCAGCUCAAGGCCGAUGGAAAGCGAGCUGCGGCGGCUAUACGGUGGGAACAUGAUCCAGCAUGGGCUGUGACUUCGAAACUUCUCAUUUCCAAGCACCAGCAGGUUCAACUGCUGGAAGCCGCCUCCGUUCUGGUCACCAUGAACCACGACGACCCUCCCGACGAGUCCGCCGAGUUGGAAUCGGAAUUAUCAUCCGGAUCACCUGGUGCCCUGUCAGAACUGCGAGAUGGCCUGAGUUCCGCCGAGACCACGCCACCCCCGAUGGACGAAGAGGAGGAUGACGACUUUGAGAUGUCCGGCAUGCCCGCACAAUGGGCCAAGCGGCCCAGUGUCAGCAAUGCAUCCGGCUUCUCUCGCUCAUACCAGUCGAUCCCCUCCAGCUCGUACAACGAGAGCGCUCCCCUGCACUCCCCUACCUUCUCUCACUUCCGCAACUCCAGCAUCGAUACUCGUCCCUCGACCGCGGACGCCCGUUUACACGAGGACGACGAGGCGGAUCUUGCCGCGGCCAUCGGUCUUUGCAAUUUCGGCACUCCCCGCACAGGUCCCGUGUCCAUGACCCCCGACGUACCACCCGUGCCCCCACUGCCCGCGCGCUAUCUCGACUCCAGCAGCCACCCGAGCAACCAGAGCCCCCACUCCUCUCACUCACGCCCCACCAUGGAAGCUGCUCGUCGAGAUUCCGAGGCCAACAUCUUCUCUCCCCGAUCGUUCAACCCGUCGCUUUCCUACAAGGUUUCGGAUGAGCGUGAAGUGCGAACCAGUGGAAAGGAGGAGCAGCAAUCCCGUCAACGCCGCAACGCUGAUGUGGACUUUGGUAACCGCUCAGCACCGGCAGAUGACGAUGACGACGGUGUCUUUGGUCGCAUGGAAGAGUAA